AUGUCCAGCCGAAGUAUAUCAGCAAUCCUUCCCCUACCCCCCAAGCCGCAACCACCAGCUAUGCCCGCUCUCAGCACCUCAUCUUUUGGAUUGAGGCCUACCACCACCACGACUCCCAGUAAAGUCUCCGACGAUGAGUCGGGAUCUAGAUCGGAAUCUGAGUCGUCUUCCGACUCAGACGAAGAAUCAGACGGCGAAUCAGACAAUACCGCCAAGAAGGGAACUCCCAGCCCCCCGUAUUCACUAUCGGCAUCCACGACCCCUGCCACCUCCAUCGCGUUAACAUCCCCAACCUAUACAGUCAACGCACAAUCACAGACAUCCUCUGAGUUCGACAGGAGACUCAUCGUAGGGCUUAGCAUCGCGUUGGCCUUGCUUUCUGUGGGGGUGAUGAUGCCCAUUAUCUUCGUUGUCUUCAGGAAGGUCAAGUCACGAAGGGCGAAGACAGGAUUCAGUGAUUAUCUUAUUAUGAAUGGUAUUAAGGAUCCUAAUCACACGUCUUUGGUAGAUGGUGCGUCUCAUAGCACCACAGAAGUGCGGCGAGACGCAGCUACGUCUCCCGUUGGGAUUGCGCCACUGAUUGCGCUUCACGGGGUGCAGUCGUCUUCUAGGACGAGGGAUAAGCGAGCUCGAUUCUUCUCUCCGCGACGCUCCACUGGAGACGUCGAACAGGGGAGAAGAUCUGCGGGACAUGGCCGCUCGGGAAGAGGGUCCCCACUUGUGCAAACCUCUAUUCGGACGACUCAGGCGAGCGACGCUGGUUCCUUAGGAUCUCCUCCUUCCUACCACUCCAAGAUGUGA